AAACAUUUUGUUGAAGUGUUUACACAUAACAGAGUCUCAUAGAAAGGAGAGUGAAAUGAGAAACAGAGUGAUUUGCAUUUUGUUGCUCUUAGUGAGCAUUCACAUUAUUAUAUGUUCAGGAGAAAUUUCUGGCUGCAGUUAUUCAAGCCAAUAUGAUUCAGAUGGUUCUUAUGGUUCUCAUAAUGUAUUUUAUUCAGUGGAAUUAAGUUGCAGUGACAGUUAUGACGGUGAUUGUACCAGUUACAAGUGGAGAAAUGGCUAUUAUUCUUAUGAUACAUCUGACUGCCGAUGUUAUAGGCGUUUUCUCUCAGACGAAUACGAUUAUAAUUUAAAUGUGGAAAAAUUGAAAGCUUGUUCGGGACAUCCCUUGGAUGAAAUAUUGCCGGGUCGAUUCCCAAAUCUGCAGAUAUAUGAUAUUUCAUCCACUAAAAUCGAGAUUUUAACAUCUGCGAACUUGAAUUUUAAGUCACUACAGAAAUUGAAGGCACGUAAUAACAAAUUAACGAACAUUUCGGGAUCAGUUUUUGUGCACCUUGCGAAUUUGGAAGAAAUAGACUUCUCGUACAACAACAUAAAUGGGCUGUAUCAAAAUGAUUUCAAAGGAACGACCAAGCUGUUAAAGAUCAAUUUUCAAUAUAAUAAUAUUUCCAUUUUGGACGAGGGAUUAUUUGUUUAUACUCCCGACUUAACCACAUUAGACCUUUCUUACAACAAUAUCAAAGGUCUUCGUCAAAACCACUUGAAAGGAGCGGCCAAAUUGUCAUCAAUCAAUUUUUCACACAACAAUAUAACCAUUAUAGAGACGGGCUUCUUUACACAUACAUCCGAUUUAACUGUUAUCAACUUCGCCUUCAACGAAUUAUCCACUUUGAAUAAAAACAUAUUUGGGGAACUGCAAGAAUUGACAAAUUUGGAUUUAAGUCACAAUUCAAUUCAAACGAUUGAUGAGGACUUGUUUCGAAACAACACAAAAUUGGAAAAGCUGAAUUUGGAGAAUAACCCAAUUCAGCGUAUUGAUCAGAAAAUACUCAUUCUGUUGACUAAACAUGUUUCGGUGGAUAUUUCCUGUGAUCAUGUCAAAGAGUUCGACUCCAGCUACUUCACAAAAAACAUACGAUUCGACUCUGGACGAGUAACCUUGUCAGGAAACAGAUUAGAUUAUAGUAGAUACUGUUUGGAGCAGUUGAAGUAUUUCAACAUUUCGGGAAAUAAGCUUGAAAAUACUCAAGAAACAAUCGAGUACCUCGGAUCACCGAUCGAAACGUUGGACGUAUCUUCGAACUUUAUGGGAAUAUUGAGUGCAAAAAUCUUCAGAAAAUUCAUCAAUUUGAAGUACUUGAAUCUAAGAAACACCAACCUAACUGAAAUCGAUUCCGACACAUUCUAUCCGCUCCUAUUUCCAACGAGUGGGAGAAAAUUGGAAGUUCUACUUUUAAACGAUAAUCCAAUCGAACGAUUGGAUUCGAAUGUAUUUUCACCCGUCAUGAAUUUAGUUGAUGUGCAAGUUUCCUGUGAUUUUGUUAUGGCGAUCGACACAAGUUGUCUUGGAAAUUCGCUGAAAAUUGAUUUGAACGACAAGGAUGGAAUCGUUUUCACCGUAAUAAAUCGCACAUUCAAAAUGUACUGCACCAAAGAGAGAUUCAAACAAUUUAGCUACUUCAAUAUUUCGGGAAAUCACUUUCAAGAUACCCAGAAAGUAGUUGACAUGCUCGGAACACCAAUUAAAACGUUGGAUUUAUCCUCGAAUUUCGUUGGAAAACUAAGUGCACAGACAUUUGGGAGAUUUUCUAAUUUGAAUUACCUAAAUUUAAGUCAAACGAACUUAUCGAAUUUCGGGUUCGGCACAUUUUAUCAUCAACGAAAUUUGGAAAUUCUAGAUUUAUCAUUCAACCGAUUGAAAAAAGUCAACUUCACAUUGUUUUACCGAAAUUUCCUAGAUUUACACACACUUUGUCUUGAAGGGAACGAACUGAAUGAGUUACAUAGCGCAAAUCGAGCGAUUUUUCCAGUUCUCAAUAAAUUAGGAAUUUCAAAAAACCAUUUCUCAUGCGAUUAUCUGGCGUCAUUCUUACCUCAAUGGCAUUCCCAUUUGAACUUUAUCACAUAUCCAACGAAUGAAACGAAUAUCGUUGGAAUCGACUGUUUUCAUGAAAACGACGAAUCGACUACAUUGAGUGCCAAAACUGUAACAACACCUAGAUUAACGACAACAUCAACCUCAACGUUAAAAACAACAACCACGGAAAAAUCCACAACAGCCUUUCAAGUUGAUAUGCCUAAUGUCAAGCCGAAUUUCAAAGAUAAUUCCACUGUGACUCAACGUACAAUCGACAACAAUAAAUCCACAACUUCCGAUGUCAUCGAUCAAACCGCCAAAACUGAAGAAAAACCAGCCACGCGAUUCGAGUGCACAUUUCUAUCGUCCCAUAUAGACUCAGAGAUAAUGCAGCUUUCCUGUGAUCAUAUCGAAGAGAUUGAUACCAGUUGCAUGGGAAAAAAUAUUCAAAUCGAUUCGGGAAACGAUAGCGAGGUUGUUUUCCAUUUGCUGCAAAACAACUCCGAACUGCGCUGCAGCAAAGAGAAUUUCCAAAAGCUUAAGUACUUGAAUAUCUCCGGCAAUCAACUUCAAAACACUUCGCAAUUGAUCGCAUUACUUGGGCUAUCCGUUGAAACACUGGAUGUCUCGUCGAAUUUUAUUGGUGAACCCAGUGCACAGACAUUCAAGAGAUUCACCAAUUUAAAAUAUCUUAACUUGAGUAACACGAAUCUAUCCGAAUUUCAAUACGGUACAUUCUUCAAUCAACAGAAACUUGAAGUGCUGGAUAUUUCUUUCAAUCGUCUGGGAAGAGUUGAUUUCACCAAUUUCUUGAGAAAUUUCAGGGAGUUAAAUACGCUCAAUCUGGAGGGGAAUGAUUUGAAGGAAAUUGACAGCGUUACUCAAACCGAUUUCCCCAAAUUAUUUAUUUUGGGCAUUUCGAAGAAUCAUUUUUCGUGUCGGUAUUUGGCACAAUUUCUACGUGGAUGGAACUGGAAUUUAAAACUUCUCAAAAAUCCUUCGGACGAAACACAUAUUGAUGGAGUUGACUGUCAUACAGAAUUUCAAGGCAUGACCAACAACGUUGCAAUGAAACGAGGCUAUGAAGUACAAACAACGACAACAACGGGAUUUGUUUCAAGCACACCAAAUUCCCCUAUUGAGAAGAAAAACUUUAAAGGAAGCAACGACAACUAUAAACCCGUAGACACCGAAUCAAGUUCCUUAUCAGCAGAUGUACGAGUAUUGAAAUACCUUUUUGUGGCAAUGUUCGUAAUGUGUUCUGGAUAUAUGGUAGUGAAAUCGAAGCUCAUUCAGAGAAUAAGAUACAACCUAGCACGGGAUUCGUUCGAAACCACAAUGAAUCAGCAAUAUUCUCCAGAUAGCACUCACACAAGCGUAAUUGAACUGACUCAACGUGAUCGUGUGCACGAAUAGAGUGGACAUUCCCAAUUUUCAAUGUUGUAUUUUGAUAAAUUUCAUAUAAAGACUUAUUUGAAACUUUAUUGUUUUUCCAUUUGAGACUUGCGCAUGAUUGAGUGAUAAAUGAUUUAGAUAAAAAUUAAAAUUCAAAUAAAUCAAAUAUAAUGAAAAAGAUACGAGUAAUUGUAGCGAGUGCACUGACUCGUGCGCCUAUACGGGAAUAUAAGCGCACGACGUCGCCGCACGAGCGGCGACCGCAUGUAUAACAAACGAAUACCGAAUAAAGAGAAUCAGUCUAAUUGUUACCAGCAAA